UGCCGGAGGCACUGUCUCCGACGAACCUCAGCAGGCCAGGCUCUUGACAGCCGUCGGCUCCCUCGCAAACACCAUGGUUAAGUUCUACCGUUGCCUGAAGACUCCAGAUGACCCUACUAUGGCUGAAUCACUAUAUGAAGCUUCUGGUAGUCUGGAAGUUCUGGAGGCCAGUGAUAAGCGAAAGAAGAAAUCCAAAUUUAAAGCCCUUAAGAAUUUUUUUGGCAAGAAGAAGAAAAAAGAGCCUGAAGAUGCCCAGGGAGGUAGGAGGCUGAAACCAAAAGUGUCAAGCACCAAUAUUAACAUCUCUUCUCUGAAGCCGAUUCAGGCAGAUCAACAAAUUAAGCAGAGGGUCAAGAGACGCAUGGGGAACAAAUCCUUGUCCCAUGACAGCAUCUUCAUAUUGCACCCUGAGCCUGAAAGAUCAGCAAGUAAAAAAUGCCACUCUGCAGAACUCCAGAAAGGCAGACCUCUGCAGAGAUCUCAUGUUUUCAGAACUCUGCCUAUAGCUGGUAAUGUGCAUGAAGCUUUUUCUGGAGCUAUGGUUGGAGUUGUGACCCAGUACAUGCCCAGAAGUGGAAUCUGCGUUGCAGGCUCCAAGAUCAAUGAGAUCCUACCACUGCACCCAUGCCAACCCAGCAUCAGCCUGCCUCUUCUACAAUCUGACACAAUUUCUAAGGACUUUGAAGAAAUCUUUGUUGAAGAUGAGUCACCUAAGAUCCCACAAAAGACGGCUUUACCACAGAAGAUUUUGACACUGAAGAAGGUAAAACCAAAGCAGGAGGAGCCAAACCUUCCACUGGUUUCUGAAGGGAAGAGUACAACCAGACCAAAAGAAGCUUACCAAAAGAAGCCCCCAAAAGACAGUGCAGGUCCCUCAAGUCAGGAACAGAGCAACAAAACUGAGCUUUAUGAUAAGACAACAGACCAGGCUGCAAAUACAAAUGCUGCUGGGAGUCAGGGCUACUCAUGGUCAGCAGCAUAUGGAAGACAAUGUGGAAAAAAAGGAUCAAGUGCUUCAGGAAAGAGUGAGUGUGGACCCCGAGGAAGAAGCUCUAAACAAUUCAGUUGCAAGCUUGGCCUAGGUGAUAGAGCUGGGUCCCCAACUGCUGAUCAGACUGCCCAAGAUAGCCCUUUCUGGCAUCUGUCCUUGGAGAAGCAAGUCAUGGAGCAGCCCAGAGCUCCACAAGCAGAAACUGCUACCCCUCAGGAAUUGCUUUCAGAUAAAAAUGACAUGGGAGGGAGAAAGGCUGAUUUAGAUGUUGGAGCCAGAAAAGCAUCAGCAUCACGUCCCAUACCUGAAGACACGAAAGAGUCCAUACUUUGUGGUCCAUCACCAUAUCAUGAAGAUGGGGCUUCUGGAGCCAAGAAGACAGAAGCCAAAGCUUCUCUCUUACCGGUGGUGGAAAUCCCUUCUACAACCCAACAAGAUGUCAUGUUCUCAGUGGUAGUGGAGGCUCAGGUGUUUGUGGAUCCUUCUCAUACCCCAUCAGAAGAAGAAGAUGCUUCCAGCUUUGAUUCACAAAGUGUCCAAUUUAAAAUGGAUUCAGCUCGAGAUAUCCCAACUAUCUGCAAAAAAAGGCCUCCUGAAAAUGUCCUCCAGGCCUUUACAGCAAGCAUUUCAGGUAUGGCAAGUGUUUUGGCAGAGGGAGGCAUUUCUGCAGAGAGGCUUCCUCCCAGAUGCCUUUCCCUGUCCUUGGGGAAGCCAGAAGCUGAAGAAGUCUCAGAUUCAGAGAGUGUUUCAGAGGAGGGCAAUGGUUCUGAACAGCAGCUGGCACCCACAUACUCUUUCGAGUCCUUGGAAAAGCCCAAAGAUGGCCAAGAAGUCUUCGGAGAAUCAAAAGAUUUUGUUGGGAAAUUGAGCAGUUCUCAUGAGCAACUGGCUCCCAGAUGUGCUUCCCAGACUUUGGGGGAGAUUGAAGGUGAAGUGUCCCCAGGAUCAAAUAGUUAUGUUGAAAAAUACAAUAGUGCUGAGGAUUGGAGCAGCUCUGAGGAAGAUCUGCUUCCCAGACACCCUUACCCAGCCUUGGGGAAACCCAAAGAUCACCAAGAAAUCUCCUCAGUUUCGAAGAACACCCCUGAAAAGUGGGGUGUUUCUGUGGAGCAGAUUUCUCCCAGACGCCCUUCUCAGCCUUCUGUGAGGCCGUUUGUUCAGCAACAAGUCUCCUCAGGUUCAAUGAGUGCUUUUGCAGAAUGGGAGCUGAUGCCUCCGAGGCACUUCUCCCAGCACUGGAUGUGCCCUAAAUCCAAGGAACAAGCCUCUGCAGGUCCAAAGAGCACUGCUCUUGAGUGGGCCAUUUCUAUGGAGCCACUGCCUCCCAGAAUGACUCCUAAGCACCGGAGGUGGCAUAAAGUUGAGCAACCAGUUUCCUCAGGUCCGGAAAUUGCUACUAUUGAGGGGAUCACUUCCAUGGAGCUGCAGCCUCCAAGACAUCAUUUUCAGCCGCUGGUGAAAUCAACAGCCGAGCAAGAAAUCUCUGCCAGUCCAGAGUGUGCUGUGACUGAGGGGAGCAUUUUUGUGGAGCCACCACCUCCCAGAUAUGCCUUCCAGCCGUGGAUGAACCCUAAAGUCGAUCAAAAAGUUUCCUCCUUUCCAGAGAGCACAGCUGUUGAGGGGAGUGUUUCUAUGGAGCCUCUGCCUCCAAAAGUUAUUACUCGGCCCUUGAUAUACCCCAAAGUUGAACAAAAUGUGUUCUCAGGUUCAGAGGGUGCUGAGAGGUUCAUUUCAGUGGAGCCACUGCUCCCCAGAUAUUCUCCCCAAUCCUUGACAAAUCCUCAAGCCCAGCAUAUCUUCUCAGAGAACGCUGCUAGUGACAAGGGCAUGUUUGUGGAGCUGCUGCCGCCAAAAUACCCUUGCCAGCCCUUGGAGAGGCUUAAAUUCCAGCCACUGACCAUUACCCAUGACUCAGCUAGUGCUUCCGCAGAAUGUAGCAGUCCUGUGGAGCCAAGGCCUCCCAAAUACACUCACCAGCACUGGAUGAGCCCUAAGUCUGAGCUACAAGCCUCUGCAGGUCCAGAGAGUGUUGUGGCUGAGAGGAGCAUUUCUAUAGAGCCUUUGCCUCCUAGAAUUCCUUCUCAGCCUCUGAUGAGACCAGUUGUGGAGCAACAAGUCUCCUCAGGUUCAAUGAGUGCUCUUGCAGAAUGGAGCGGUCAUGUGGAGCCAGUGCCUCCCAGAAUGCCCUCUCAUCCCCUGGUGAAACCAGUAGUCAAAGAACCAAUCUCUGCAGGUCCAGAGAGUAUUGUCAUUGAGGUGGACACUUCUACAGAACUGCUGCCUCCCAGACAUUGGUCCAUUGUGAGACAUGAAGUCCAGCAAAUGUCAUCAAGUUUUGAGAGUGCUGCUGUUAAGGGGUGCAUUUCUGAGAGGCCACUGCCUCCCAAAUAUCCCAUCCACUUCUUAGUGAGGUCUAAAGUUCAGGAAAUAUCCUCAUGUCUAGAGAACACUGCUGUUGAAAAAGGCAUGUCUAAGAAAUCGCUGCUUCCAAGGCAUCCUUCCCAGUCAUUCGUGAAGUUUAUGGAACAGCAAGUCUUUUCAGAAGGCCCUGCUAUUGAGGAGCAGAUUUAUGUGACUCCUCCAUCUUCACAUCAACCUUCUAAAUCUUUGUUGAGGCCUAAAGUCAUGCACCAAGUUUUCCCAGAUUGGGAGAGUGCUGAUAUUGAGGGAGGCAUUUCUUUGAAGUUGCUGCCUACAAAAUGCCCUUUACAGUCCUUGGGGAGACCUAAAGACCCACAAGAAGUUUCCUCACAUUCAGAGAGUGAUCCUAUGAAGUGGAGCAGUUCUCAAGAGCAGCUGCCUCCCAGAAACCUUUCCCACACAUUGGGGAAGCUUGAGUACCAGCAAGAAAUCUCCUCAGUUUCUGAGAGCUCUCCUGAAGAAUGGUGCUUCCAAGCUGAGGAUGGGGCUGAAUUCCAGCCACAGAUUUUCUCAACAGGAUCAGUGAGUGUACCUGUAGAGUGGAUCAGUGCUGAGGAUCACCUGCCUUCCAGACACCCUUUUCAGGCUUUUGCAGACCCUGAGUAUCAGCAACAAGUUUCUUUAAUUUCCAUGAGUGCUGCUGCUACCGAGGGAACAAUUUUUGAGAACAAUCCUAGCAGCUGGUCCCUACCAAGAGAUCCAUCUUCUCCAAACAAAACCAGAAAACACAACCAAGGCUCUGAAGAACUCAUUAAAAAUAUUCUGACUCCUGCUAGGAAGUUCACCAUUCCUCCUAUCAGGCCAAUAUCCACUUCUGGAGACACUUACUCCAAGGAGGAGGUUUUUGAGAGUAGUAAUCAAAAUAACAGCUACUCAAAUUUACCCUCCAGUAAGGCUGAUGUUGAAAACCUUUUUGGAGUCCGACUGAAAAAGAUCCCUUCUUCACAGAAGCACAAGAUUGAGAGACAAGACCAUUUUACCAAGCUUCUUUCACUCUCCUUGCACCCAAUUUCACCUUCUGUAGGUAUAGAACCACAAAUCAGAAGAAGUGCUUCCCAGGGGAUCCUGGGAAGAGAGAACCUUACCACAAGAUCUGAUUUUGCAGAGAAGCAACAGAGCAGACCCAAAUCUGACAGCAUGGCCAAGAACCAACCUGCUCAUAAGAUUCCAGGAAAGGCUCCUGGUCAACAAUCAGAUUAUACCACGUCGGAACCAGCUUGGAUAACUAUGGUAAAGCAGAGACAGAAGAAUUUUCCGGCCCACAUUCCUAUGAAAGAACUGGAAACCAAGAAUACAGCUGGAGCUAAGGCUGAGGCUAUGAAGCCUAAAUAUGGGGGAGCUGAAAACCAACUGAGAAAUAUUUUCACUUCCAACGUCAAUAGACAGGAGAAGAUGGCACAGAUGAAGCUACCUAAGUCUACCAAAGCAGGAUUUGAAGAUCAGAAGAUAUUUCAAGUGCCUGCCACGAGAAAAGAAACCAGACGAUCUUCAACUCUCCCAGCCGUGCUCCAAGAGUCCGCUGAGCCAGUCUGGUUCUCCCUGGCUAAGAAGAAAGCCAAAGCAUGGAGCCAUACAGCAGAAAUCAUGAAAUAACUAGCUCCUGGGUGGAGCAUCAGCAUUUCAAGUGAUAAUUGCCAAGAGCUGUAUUAAUGUCAUGUUCUGAUUUAUUUACUGUAACCAUUUUUAUUAAGCAAAAGAGGCUUAAAAUGGGAAUUAAAGUUAAUAGUUAUUUGAAUGAAGCAAAUGCCAUGAAAGCCUAACGUUCAGUAGUCACUAUGAGCAUCUGAAAAUCCAGCAUUUCUUCUAUAAAAAACUAUAAAUGUUUGCACUGCUGUACAAUUGGGAAACGUUUAGCUUUGUGCUUUAGAAGGGAGAAAGCAAAAACAUUUUGUUGGAGCAACUAAGAUAAGGGUCAUUUCCCUUGAUCAAAUACAUUAGUUCUAGUGGAAAUGUCCAGAUGAUUUGGCCCAAGGACUGACUUUUAGGUUUUAUCAGCCUUGUUAAAUGUUUUAGUUCUUUGGUUGCUGCUCCAAGCUUUGUAAAAGGCCCUACUGUGUUUCCCCGAAAAUAAGACCUAGCCAGACAAUCGGCUCUAAUGGG